UACAUGGUACCAUCCAAGAACAUUACUGCUGAUUGAGUUGUACAAAAAAAACAUUUACAGAAUGAACAAUCCCCAGGUGAGAAAGAAAACAGUAUGGGAACAGAUAACUGCCGAGAUAAAUGAAACUUACGAAACAAAAUUCCAAGCAUCUCAAGUUGAAGGAAGAUGGAAAACCAUAUUGUCAUCAUAUCGUAAAUGCAAAGAUGCUAAGAAGGAGUCUGGGGCAGCCAGGAAAGAUUACGAGUUCGAGGAGGAGCUUGAUGACAUAUUAAUGGACAGUCACACAACACAGCCAGCAUACACUUUCAGCUCAGGUAAAGGAAAUGACAAUAGCAGUAAGAGGAAAGUUGAAGAAACAGUUGAGGGUGAAGAACCUCAGAAGUUGAGAACCAGCGGGUCGGACAAAGUUAUACAUUUCUUGGAGGGGUUUAUAGAGAAGAGUGAAAGAAUGGAAAAAGAAAGAAUUGAAGAGUCUAAAAGAAUGCAUAAUGAAAAAAUGGGGGUUUUCAGAGAGUUAAUUGAAGCCUUAAAUAAAUAA